GUCAAUAUCAUGGCUACUCAUUUCCGGAUUGCUAAGACAGACGAGAAUGAUGCCGUUCGUGUUCAGGCAAAAAAAAUGCUCAAAGAACCGACCUUGGGAAAAAGAGCUGUGUUAGGAGAACUUGGCAAUAAAGUCCUAAAAAAUGUUGAUAUUGGGAAAGGAAAAGAUGCCGUUGCAUUAAAGAAUACAGAUCUUUCCUUUAAACAUGUUAAGGCUCGCGUUGAUACCCAUUGGAAGAAAAAUGAUACUGUUAAUGUGCAACCUGUAAGUAAGCCUGUCACACGGUCCGAUUCUUUGAAAUCCUUACAUAAUGCCGGCCUGGGAGUCACAGUGGGCAAACAAACCAAUUCGAUUAAAUCAAACGUUAGCGUUAAAUCGAAAAUGGUGCACAUUACCAAGGGAGCCGAAAUAAAGAAAGUAAAAGUAAUCAACCUAAAACGAGAGGAAAGUCAACUUACUAGGAGGUCUUUAACUAAACUGAAACAAAUCAGGAAACAGUCAAAUGCGUCAUCUACAUCAUCUGAAAGCGGUUCGCACAAUGGAGAUAUUAAUAUACAGGAGAAACACGACUCGCCCGAUAGCCAUUCUCAUAAAUUGUUGGAAGGAAUCGAAAACAUUGAUAUUAAUGAUGCCUGGAAUCCUAUGCUAGUAUCUGAAUAUGUUAAUGAUAUUUACAGAUAUCUUAACGAUUUAGAAGAUGUUUUUGCUAUUAGAGAGAAUUUCCUCGAUGGGCACAAGCAGAUUAAUCAUAAAAUGCGCACUAUUCUUAUUGACUGGAUUAAUGAAGUUCAUUAUCAAUUCAAAUUGGAGAUUGAUACUUACCACAUGACUGUUUCAAUCAUUGAUAGAUAUUUACAAUUGGUCACUGGCACACCGAAAAAAGAGCUGCAACUUGUGGGUGUGACAGCCAUGUUUAUUGCUUCGAAAUAUGAGGAAUUGUUCCCACCAGAUAUAAGUGACUUCGUAUAUAUUACUGACGAUACAUAUAAGAAACGGCAAAUUCUUGAGAUGGAAAAGCAGAUUGUUAAAGUGCUGGGUUUUCACCUGGGUAAACCGCUGCCGACCCAUUUUCUGCGACGCUUCUCGAAAGCAGCAGUCGCGAAUGAUAAGCAUCACCUGGUAGCGAAGUACCUCGUCGAAUUAGCCAGCGUCGAUUAUACUAUGGCGCAUUUUAAGCCCUCUGAGAUCGCAGCUGCAGCUUUGUACAUUUCCCUGUAUCUGUUCCCAUUACCUGCCAACGCCGGAUCAUUAGUGUGGACCAAAACACUUGAACAUUACACCCAAUAUACUGUUGAAUAUCUGACACCGAUUGUUCAACGAAUGGCAAACGUGGUAGCGAGCACACCGACUUCAAAGGUGCAAGCAGUAUAUUCCAAAUACCGAUCUAGCAAAUUCGAGAAAAUUUCUACACAGCCGGAGUUUCAAGGAUCCGCUAUUGGUAAACUAGCAGAAGGAAAAUUGACGCCCUGA